CCACCAACGGAUGCGCGGGUCUCAGGGAGGCAGCAGUGAUCACCUGAGUUCGAUGCACCAGCAGAACAGAUACCCUCUCUACAUGAUGCAUCUCUACCGGACUCUUCAGGCUGGAGAUGCACACAGGUCGUCUCCUGACCUCAGGAGCAUUCACAGUGACAACCCGAGUCUUCACGAUUCCGACGCAGUUCUCAGUUUGGUUGCCAAAAGUUGCAGUCAGACCGGCACGAGGUGGAGUAUCACUUUUGACUUGUCUUCCAUCUCAACGAGUGACACCGUGCAGCGAUCCGAGCUGCGCCUUCGGCUACCGACGUUUUCCAACUCCAGGAGCGCAGUAGUGGACAUCUACCACGCACAUGGCCACUGCGCAAAGGAACCAUGCCCGGAUCGUCUCCACCUGGCCAGUUUCAGAGCCACACCCAGCAAAGGAGCCUCUCAUUCUACCUGGAGAGUGUUCAACAUCACCACCAUGCUCAGGUACUGGCUGCAUCAGGGAGAGCCAGUGGUGGAAAGCUUGAAUGAGAAGGGAGAGACCUGGCACGAUGAUGGUCAGGAGAGCGUUCAUCACUCCACGACUGACACAGUCAUGAUGGUGGUUUUCUCCAAGCACAAUCAGAUGGCUGGUCAAAGGUCACCUACACUGAUCCACACAGCUGAGCGGUCCAAGUACGUGGCUCUGGACCGGGCCGGAGCGACCACCUCCGGUCAUGCAGCAGGGAGUCGUCGAAAGAGGAACCACAAGCCUCGGGAUAUGUUGCAUGACGCAGCGGGGGUUCCAGGGGCACUUGGAUCCUUAUCCUCGAACGGUCCACAGAAGACACUCUGCAGGAAGGUGGACAUGUGGGUGGACUUCGAGCAGAUCGGCUGGAGCGACUGGAUUGUUUAUCCAAAGCGCUACAACGCAUUUCGCUGUGAGGGAAGCUGUCCAAGCCCUGUGGAUGAAACCUUCUCGCCUACCAACCACGCUUAUAUGCAGAGUCUGCUGAAGUUGCACCAUCCUGACCGGGUACCUUGUCCAUCCUGUGUGCCCACUCGUCUCGGCCACCUCUCCAUGUUGUACUACGAGAAUGGAGAACUGGCCAUGAGGAAUCUCGAGGGCAUGGUGGUGGAGGAGUGCGGUUGCCACUGAAAACUCUCACUUGCAAACGGACGGCGCAACAGCACUUCAGAAAAAUAUAUAUUACCAUCCGGUAAUGGUGGAACUACGUCUGCACUACGGUAGUUCUGGGGUCAGCUACUCUCAAAAACGUUUUACCCUGACCUUCUAUACAAAGAAAACUAAUAUGUUUUGGCAAUGCCAAAUGCCAUCAAGUUCUUAGCUGCAUCUGGCAGCCGAUUUGAAUGGCUAAAAUAAGCACUGAUCACACUCAACCAUCCUCACAGCAGGGAAACGGGUGUGUCUACCGACAGAAACGACAAAAAUAGCGCUUUAUUUCUGUUGCAUGACUUAGGUGUCAAUACAUGGUAUUUCAUGUUUUUUGAUGAAGUCAUAUUCUUUGAAGCUGAACAGGACCUUAGAGG